UAAAAAUUAUUUCGUCAGUGUGUAUCUACAAAAAAGUAUUUCGAUUUUUGAAGAAAUAUUCUUUAUUAAUAAGUCACAAUGAACCGAUUAUUUGGUAGAGGAAAACCCAAAGAACCUGGUCCCAGCAUAAAUGAUUGUAUUCAGAAUGUGGACAGCAGAGCAGAUAACAUUGAACAGAAGGUGACGAAACUGGAGUCUGAAUUGAGGAAGUAUAAAGAUCAAAUGAAUAAAAUGCGAGAAGGUCCCGCUAAAAACGCAGUAAAACAAAAGGCUAUGAGGGUAUUAAAGCAGAAAAAAAUGUAUGAACAACAACUAGAGAACCUUCGUGCUCAGUCAUUUAACAUGGAGCAAGCCAAUUACGCAACGCAAACUCUCAAAGACACGCAUUCCACCAUUGCUGCCAUGAAGGACGGUGUUACCCAGAUGAAGAAGGAGUUUAAAAAGAUUAACAUUGAUAAUAUUGAGGAUGUUAAUGACGAAUUGGCAGACAUGAUGGAGCAAGCAGACGAAGUACAGGAAGCCUUAGGCCGGCAGUAUGGCAUGCCUGAGAUCGAUGAUGAUGAACUAGCUGCCGAACUUGAUGCUCUUGGUGAGUUCGCAUUUACUUUUAUUUACUAGAUAAAAGUAAUUACUUGAUUUUUAAUUC